AUUUUUUCUCUGUAUAAAUACUCACCAGAACUGCUGAAGGAGAGAGAGGAAAAAAAAACUGGAGAGAGAAAGUAGAAGAACAAGUAUAGAGAUAGAGGAGGAGGAGGGAUAAUAGAGAAAGCGCACUAACAACGACCUCUCGUUCUGCUCGCUUUCUCCAAAAAUUCUCCGAUCUGUGCAUAGGCAUAAUAAAGCAAAGGAAGGUAAUAAAUCAUGUCUUCGCUUAGCAGAGAGCUUGUAUUUCUCAUACUUCAGUUUCUUGAUGAAGAGAAAUUUAAGGAGACUGUUCACAAAUUGGAGCAAGAGUCAGGGUUUUUCUUCAACAUGAGGUAUUUUGAAGAUAUGGUGACUAAUGGGGAGUGGGAUGAGGUAGAGAAGUACCUGUCAGGGUUCACAAAGGUUGAUGAUAACCGAUAUUCCAUGAAGAUAUUCUUUGAGAUUCGAAAGCAGAAGUACCUUGAAGCUUUGGACAAGAGGGAUCGAGCAAAAGCAGUGGAUAUUUUAGUGAAGGAUUUGAAAGUGUUUGCUGCCUUCAAUGAGGAACUUUUUAAAGAAAUUACACAACUAUUGACUUUGGAAAACUUUAGAGAUAAUGAACAGCUGUCUAAAUAUGGAGAAACCAAGUCUGCUAGAGGUAUAAUGCUUGCUGAACUAAAAAAAUUGAUAGAGGCUAAUCCACUUUUCCGUGAUAAGCUUCAGUUUCCUACAUUGAAGAAUUCAAGACUGCGGACACUUAUUAACCAAAGUUUAAAUUGGCAGCAUCAGCUUUGUAAGAAUCCAAGGCCUAACCCUGAUAUAAAGACCCUAUUUGUGGAUCACAGUUGUGGACAACCGAAUGGGGCACGUGCCCCAUCUCCUGUAACUAAUCCUUUAAUGGGUGCUGUGCCUAAGGCAGGGGGUUUUCCAUCAUUGAGCGUUCAUGGUCCAUUUCAGCCUGCACCGGCUGCUCUUCCAACAUCUCUUGCUGGAUGGAUGGCAAAUCCAACUCCUGUCCCUCACCCAUCUGCUUCUGCUGGUCCAAUUGGUUUAUCUGCUCCUAACAAUGCAGCAGCAAUCGUAAAACGUCCUCGGACUCCUACUGCUAAUCAAGCUAUAGAUUAUCAAACAGCAGACUCUGACCAUGUAUUGAAGAGAACAAGAGCAUUUGGAUUGUCAGAUGAGGUCAAUAAUCUACCAGUUAAUAUUCUGCCUGUGACAUACGCUAGUCAGACCCAUGGACAGAGUUCUUACUCUUCUGAUGACUUGCCGAAAACCCUUGUUAUGGCUUUAAACCAAGGUUCAGCAGUCAAGAGCAUGGAUUUCCAUCCUUUGCAACAAAUUCUACUUCUUGUUGGAACAAACAUGGGUGAUGUCAUGGUAUGGGAUUUGGGUGGCAAGGAGAGGAUUGCCAGCAGGAAUUUUAAAGUUUGGGAACCUAGUGCACUCUCAGUGGGUCUACAGGCAUCUCUCACAAAUGACUAUACAGUCUCAGUUAACCGUGUUGCGUGGAGUCCUGAUGGAUCUCUAUUUGGUGUUGCAUACUCAAAGCACCUAGUUCACCUAUAUUCCUACCAUGGCAGUGAUGAUGUAAAAAACUACCGUGAGAUUGAAGCUCAUGUUGGGAGUGUUACCGAUCUUGCCUUCUCUUAUCCAAAUGCCCGACUAAGCGUUGUCACUUGUGGAGAGGACAGGGUUAUUAAGGUUUGGGAUCCGGUCACAGGAAAUCCAAAAUUUACUUUUGAGGGUCAUGAAGCGCCUGUGUAUUCUGUCUGCCCACAUCACAAGGAAAAUAUUCAGUUUAUCUUUUCAACAGCUACUGAUGGAAAGAUAAAGGCGUGGUUGUAUGAUAACAUUGGCUCUAGAGUUGAUUAUGAUGCGCCAGGCCAUGCAUCUACCACAAUGGCAUACAGUGCUGAUGGAACAAGAUUGUUCUCAUGUGGGACAAACAAAGAAGGAGAAUCACACUUGGUGGAGUGGAAUGAAAGUGAAGGAACUGUUAAGCGUGGUUAUAUUGGACUCGGGAAACGAUCUGUUGGUGUUGUGCAAUUUGACACCACUAAGAAUCGGUUCUUGGCUGCUGGUGAUGAGUUUAUGGUCAAAUUCUGGGACAUGGAAAAUGUCAACCUGUUGACGAGCAUUGAUGCAGAGGGGGGGUUGCCGGCUGCUCCUUGUAUUAGAUUCAACAAAGAAGGAGCUUUGUUAGCUGUCUCAACAAAUGACAAUAGCAUUAAAAUUCUAGCGAACUCUGAUGGUAUUAGGCUGCUACGGACAGUGGAGAAUCGUACAUUUGAUGCUUCUAGAGCUGCUUCUGCAGCUGUUGUGAAGGCACCAGGAAUUGGCAAUUUUGCUUCCAUUAAUUCUACUGUUGGAACCAGCAUUGGAGAUAGAGCUGCUUCUGUGGCACCCGUCAUUGGAAUAGUGAAUAACAGUGAUAAUCGAAGUUUGGUUGAUGUGAAACCUAGAAUUGUUGAUGAACCGGUUGAAGCCUCUAGGACCUGGAAAUUGACGGAAAUCAAUGAGCCCUCUCAGUGCCGCUCUUUAAGACUCCCUGAUAAUUUGACUGCUAUGAGGGUUUCUAGAUUGAUUUAUACAAAUUCAGGACUUGCUAUAUUGGCAUUAGCAUCAAAUGCAGUGCAUAAACUCUGGAAAUGGCAGAGAAAUGAUCGAAAUCUAAAUCCGAAGGCUACUGCUAGUGUCGUACCACAAUUAUGGCAGCCCUCUAGUGGAAUAUUGAUGACUAAUGAUAUAAGUGACACAAAUCCUGAAGAUGCUGUUCCCUGUUUUGCACUUUCUAAGAACGAUUCUUAUGUCAUGUCAGCUUCUGGGGGAAAAAUCUCUCUUUUUAAUAUGAUGACAUUUAAGACUAUGACUACAUUCAUGCCCCCACCACCAGCUGCCACAUUUCUGGCAUUUCAUCCUCAGGACAAUAAUAUCAUUGCUAUUGGAAUGGAGGACUCCUCAAUUCAAAUUUAUAAUGUUCGCGUUGAUGAGGUUAAAACGAAGUUAAAAGGUCAUCAGAAAAGAAUUACAGGCCUCGCAUUCUCUCAUUCACUAAAUGUGCUCGUCUCUUCUGGAGCUGACGCCCAGUUAUGCGUUUGGAGCACAGAUGGGUGGGAGAAGCAGGCUAGUAAAUUCUUGCAAGUUCCACCUGGACGGGGUUCAGCUUCUCUUGCAGAUACAAAGGUUCAAUUUCACCUUGACCAGACGCAUCUGCUGGUAGUUCAUGAAUCUCAAAUAGCUGUAUACGAGGCGCCGAAAUUUGAAUCCCUUAAACAGUGGUUUCCUCGGGAAGGAACUGCUCCAAUCACACAUGCCACGUAUUCCUGUGAUAGCCAGUCAAUAUAUGUGAGCUUCGAAGAUGGCAGUGUGGGUGUUUUCACUGCUUCAACACUAAGAAUGAGAUGCAGAAUAAAUGCUACUGCAUACUUGCCUCCCAAUCCCAGCUCGAGAGUAUUUCCUCUUGUCAUUGCUGCACAUCCAUCUGAGCCCAAUCAGUUUGCAUUAGGACUAACGGAUGGAGGAGUACAUGUGGUUGAACCCUUGGAGAUGGAAGGAAAAUGGGGUACCUCCCCCCCAGUUGAAAAUGGUGCUGGUCCUAGCACCACUUCCGCAGCAGCUGGUUCAGAACAAGCCCAAAGGUGACUACUACCAUGUGCAUGACUUUCACCCAGGACCUCGAGUGUAUGUAUCCCGCUCCCUGGGCCCACCACAAUUGUGAUUUUCGAGGGGAAGCUGCGGAAAUUAGGAGCUAUAGGUUUAGCAUAGUUGAGCUAUGGCUUCAGCUCGACCUGACAGAUGGUUGUCAUAAUUAUAGUUCUCUUGGUUGAGAAUAGAAUGAUCAGAGAAGAAUGUUAGAGGUGUAAAUUUAGAAAGUUGAAUGCGUCAAAAACAAAAAUUGAGUUGUGAAGUUAAAUGAAUUGGUUGGGGUAGAGGAGCAGUGGUUGUGUCAUAUGUUCAUUUUUAUAUUAGUAAUCUAAUUUAUUAGUUGUGAGCA